AUCGCAAAUGCAGAAAUUCAAAGCCAAAGUUAGUGAAUAUUUUCAACAAGGUCCCUUAACAUUCUUACCACAAAACCCACUUGGGUUGGCCUAGUGGUAUAAGCUUGUGUAGUCCAAACAUGCACAUAAAAACUUCUACUAAUCCUUUUAAUUUUUGUUCCUUCCAUUUCCAAUAGCCAGCAAGUAACAACAUUGUGAUCACAAAAUUCAGGAUAAAAAGGAGUUUAAAUAUUUAUUGUUAAGAGUCUAAUCAACAAUAAAUAAAAUUCACAAAGUAAUAAGCUAUGCAGGAGUUAGAUAAAAACUUCAAUUUAUACACAAAGUAUUCCUAAUAAAUCUCAGUCUCCCUUGCAAUCUCAGAAGAUAAUAUAGCUAGCUAGGGCCUAGGGGGUGAAAUAUUACAUAUAUAGUGCCACUGCCAUAUAUAACGACACACAUAACCGUGUGAACUGUGAUCCAACCUUAUCUCAAACCAAAGUGAUUUAUCUAUAAUAGUACGCAAUAUCUACACUUACAUUACCCACACCGUCCAAAAUGGUCACUUUUGCCAUGUGUUUGAUCAUUAACAAAUACUGGAGUGCACAUUUGCAAAAUGUAUGUAAACAUGAAAUUUUCAUAUAGAUAUAAAACUUCCAAAAAUGACUUCAAAGACAUCCAUGAAUAUAUUGUUGUUCAUUUUCAUGCUUGUGUUGCCUUGUUUGGUUGGUUUGAGUCAAGGUGAAUGUGAUUUCAAGGCUAUUUUCAACUUUGGAGAUUCAAAUUCAGAUACUGGUGGCUUUUAUGCAGCUUUUCCUGCUGAAUCUGGUCCUUAUGGAAUGACUUACUUCAAUAAACCAGCUGGUCGAGCUUCUGAUGGGAGACUUGUGAUUGAUUUCAUUGCUCAAGCUAUUGGAAUUCCAUUUUUGAGUCCAUAUCUACAAUCAAUAGGAUCUUAUUAUAAACAUGGAGCCAACUAUGCUACAUUGGCAUCCACUGUGCUUCUACCUAAUACUUCUUUGUUUGUCACUGGGAUCAGCCCUUUCUCCCUUGCUAUUCAGCUCAACCAAAUGAAACAAUUUGCAACCAAAGUUAAAGAAGCUGAUCAACAAGAAACCAAACUUCCAUCACCAGAUAUACUUGGAAAAUCUUUGUAUACAUUUUAUAUUGGCCAAAAUGAUUUCACUUCCAACCUAGCAGUCAUUGGCACAGGUGGUGUGCAAGAGUUUCUCCCUCAAGUUGUUUCACAAAUUGCCGCUACCAUUAAAGAGCUAUAUAAUCUUGGUGGGAGAACAUUUAUGGUGCUUAAUCUUGCACCAGUAGGGUGCUAUCCUUCAUUCUUAGUAGAACUUCCUCAUAAUAGUUCGGACCUUGACGAAUUUGGAUGCAUGGUUUCUUACAACAAUGCAGUAGUGGACUAUAACAAAAUGUUGAAAGAGUCAUUGAAACAAACCAGAGAAAGUAUCUCAGAUGCUUCUGUCAUAUAUGUCGAUACCUACACCGUUCUGUUGGAGCUUUUCCGGCAUCCUACUUCUCAUGGUCUUCAAUAUGGUACAAAAGCAUGUUGUGGAUAUGGUGGAGGUGAAUACAACUUCAAUCCUAAAGUGUAUUGUGGAAAUACAAAGGAGAUAAAUGGAAAAAGAGUGACAGCAACAGCAUGUGAUGACCCUUACAACUAUGUGAGUUGGGAUGGGAUUCAUGCCACAGAAGCUGCAAGCAAGCUUAUAACCUAUGCUAUUCUUAAUGGAUCUUAUUCUGAUCCUCCUUUCCCUUUUCAGGAACAUUGUGAUCUACAACCUAUAGGUUGAUCCAUUUGAAGAACAUUGUUUCUUAUCUUAUCCUAGUUAAUUAAUAAUAACAAUUGAAGGACGUUUGUACCAAAAAAAAAAAAAAAAAAAACAAUUGAAGGACGUGAAACUAGUUUGGGGAUGUUACAUAAUUUUAACCAAAAAAAGGAAAAAAUGUUGAGAGUGGGAUUU